CCGAAAUGCAACAAGCCUGGAUUGAUCUUCCCCCAAGACUGCGUGUGGGCGACAAAACAGUGAGAGUUGAACAGCACCUUGGUAGUGGUGCAUUUGGAGAUGUCUACAAAGUAAGAGACGAGGCGCGCUCUAAAGUCUAUGCCUUAAAAGAUGUUCUUUGCCUAAACGCUUCACAAGUUCUUGAUGCAAUCCGUGAGGCAGUAACACUGUGCCAAAUCUCUCACGAAAACAUCAUCGCCAUAAAGGGAGCGGAUCGGUUCGUCGACAAUCAAAGCAACUUGCACAUGUUGAUUUUGACAGAGUAUUGCGCGGGUGGAAACUUAAACGAACGCCUCGCUCGACCAAGCUCUGAACGAAUCAACUGGAAGUGGAUGAGUCAAGCUGCUGAUGCCGUAGCCUACCUUCACAGAAAUGACGUGGUUCACCGCGACCUAAAACCGGAAAACGUACUUUUGAACAGACGUGGAAAUGUUACACUAGCCGACUUUGGCCUGGCUCGUGAGUACAUCGCGCUUAGACGAGUUGACGGGCGAAGAAACGAUGGCUCGUGGAUGCAAAUGUUCGUACAAUACUACAUGGACUCCGAAGUUGGCACGCCGUACUGGUUAGCUCCUGAAUGUGUCACAGGUCACUACACAGAAAAAGCCGAUGUCUUUUCCCUUGGCCUGCUGUUUUUUGCCAUCCUAGAACGAGAUUACAAAGAAAGCAACGGAAAAAUGUAUUACGGUGCAUUUAAACGUAUUCGCGGUGUUGGAAAAGUUGGCCUUGGGGUUGCAAUGGCAAUGUACAAUCCAGGAACUGACAUAACAUUUUGCAGACGCGCACAGGGCUCCAGGGAUGUGCAGAGGUUAGUCAUCGAGGCUUUACAGUACGAUCCUGAUGAUCGACCGAGCGCUGUCGAGCUAUGUAAUACGUUAGAAGAGACUGAAGACUUGGAUCUGGAAUGGCUCUUUAGGUUCUUAAGCGAAGAUUCCCCAUUAGAAUCACCAUGA